GAGAAAGUCAUAGUUACAGCUUUUGAUUAUAAAAUCAACUAAGAGAUAGUGAAGCAGGUACUAAAUAAAAAGAAAGAUCCUAUUUAAACAGAUAAGCUGUAUUACUAUAUACUGCUGGUGGUAGGUGUACAUGAAUAUACUUUAGGAGUACAUGAUGAAGCAGUGUUGAAGAAUGCAAGCGUUGACAAUACCAGUAAUUGGUGACAAUUAAAGAAAUCAUACCAUUAUCUAUCAUCAUGUUACAAGCAGGGUUAUAAUACAGUAUGUACUAACACACAUAUGUACCUGAACACAGUUUAUAUUACUAAUGUCAGUAUAUUGUAUUAUAUGGAGGUAAAUCGAUAAAGCUUAGGAAUGAUAAUGAGUGGUAACACUGUGGUGGCUGCAAUUAGUGAACAUACAUACAGUAUUGUAACUGGAACUAUGGAGAGUCUACACAUCAAAGGCCCUUCACUGGUUUCUGUAUAUUACAUACUUUGUGGCUUCUAUGAUGAUAUAAAAGCGGCAGACAGUAAGAGCUGAAUUCAUUGUAACAGAGAAGCAACUAAAAUGGGAUCGGUACUUCUAACAGGAUUUAUACUAGUUAUACUGAGUACAUGUUAUACAAAUGGACUAGAGCUAACUGACUUGUACCCAUAUGGUACAGAACAUGGGGACACCAUGAGGACUGGAUAUAAUAGUCUCCCUACAGUGCCAUUACUGGCUCCAAUUGAUAAUUUAGUUGCGUUUGGUCCAACUGGACUUACAGCAACAAGAUAUACAGUUAACUAUGAUGAGUACCUGCGAUUGCAUAAUGAUGGUAGUGAUAGCAUCUUAUUAAAUUUGCUCUACCUUGGUGAUGGUGAUUUUGACAAUACUAAGAUAUAUGGUAGGACUAGUGACGAUCCAGCAUUAAUAAAAAGAUCAGUUUAUGCUGCUGUGCCUUUGAAGCUACUGCAGAUACCAUCUGAGCUAGGAUAUCUUGUAUUUUCAACGAAGUAA